GUCAUUUCAACGUUUCAUCAUCGUCGUUCUCAUUCCUCUUACAAUAACGCCUUUUCUAAGCACUCUCCCAUGGUGGGCUCGAUUCCGCUCCGAUCAAUUCCGACUCCUGCAGGCACGCAUCCUCUCCCGACCACCAUCUUCUGCGAAGAUCGCUCGAUCUUUGGCUAGGAUUCCAGUGCACGUGCUCAACACGUGAGCGUUCAAUCCAUUGUAUAAAUUGACAAUGAAGCCAGGGAUGUCAUCCUUGAAUCCAUAUGCAGCAUCUUACAUACCACUUUCCAAGCGAGAAGCGAAGGAUGAAAACAUAUCUUCUGUGGUAGCAAUGGAGAAUUCUUUGAAGAAUGAAACUAGCUGCUCCAAAUCUCCUCCUGAAGUCCAGAAAGACCCCAAACAGAAGUGUCCCCAACCUUAUGAAUCAUUUGACCUUAACAUCUGUGGCAUUGAAGAAUUACUCACCGGUGAAGAUUUGAAGAAGGGUCAACAGAAUCCGACUGACCAUAUGGGAAAGCAAUUUGUAGAUGAAGAUUUUGAGAUGGAUCUGGCUUAUCUGGCAUCUAUAUUUCCCGGUGUAUCAGAGCAGUCCAUUUCUGAUGUUUACUCUGCAAAUGGGGGUGAUUUGGAUGCCUCAAUGGAUAUGCUGACCCAACUUGAGCCCUACCCUGUUGAUGUUUCGAAACAUCUUCCAGACAGCUUGGAUAUAGGAGAUGUUUCGGAAUUGAAAUAUUCAGGGGAAGGUUCAUCUGUGAAACUGAAGAGCGUCAAGUCCGGUGAAGCCAGCGGCUCAACUUCUGCUUCAUUAGAUUCUGAACCACACUUAAAUUGGUAGAACUGUUUUCUGGUUUCUCUGGAUGAUUUGAUAAAGAAAUAUAGUUUUCCCAACAUACAAAGAACUUGUGAAUUUUUCUUCUUUCUUUUUGCCCUUUUGGUUGCUGGCUUACUUCAAAUCAUGCCAGCUUGCACAUGAAACUUUUCAUUGUGUUUCUAUAUUUGGAAACUAUCAGUAUGCGCAUAGGCCAGAGAGACAGAAAAUGGUAAGGAAAAGGGUCCACCAGGUAGAGCUUCUCUUUGUUUCUAUGCUGGAUAUUCUAGUAGUAGCUCAUAUCAGCUGGAGAAUGGAGUCAUUUUCUUGCACUAA